AUGAAUCCAAGAGUCAACAUCUCUAAAUUUGUUCACACAUUACGAUUACCUGAAAUUUUAGAGGUAUCAGGUUUAGAAAAAUAUAGGAUGUUUUUAGAGGAAAUUUCAGAGUUAAUUUUGAGUGAAAUGCCAAAAGCUGAGUAUUCCAGUAUAUUCAAUGAUUUUGUUGAAUCUGAAUUUUUUCUGAUUGAUGGAGAUUCAUUGCUUGUCAUGUUCAUAUGUGAGAAAUCGUUAAAGCAGGGGCAGGACCUUCAUUUCUUCUAUUUGGUUGAACGCUACCUUGUGGAUAUUAUUAGUAAAGGAGGACAAUUUGCCAUAGUUUUCUUCAAGGAUGCUGAAUAUGCAUAUUUCAACUUCCCUGAACUUCUUUCUUUGAGGACUGCUUUAAUUCUUCAUCUUCAGCAUAAUAACACCAUUGAUGUCCGAACACAAUUUUCUGGAUGCUUAUCACAAGAAUGGAAAAAUUUUUUGGAAGAGAGUUACCCAUAUUUCCUGAUAGUUGCAGAUGAAGGCUUGAAUGAUCUACAAACAUAUCUCUUCAACUUUUUAAUCAUUCAGUCUUGGUCAAUGAAGGUCAAUGCUGUGCUUUCCUCAGGACAAGCAUCUGACAUUCUUCGACUUUAUGCAUACUUUAUGCCAAGCAAGCACAGACAACAAAUGUUUUUCAAGCAGAAUGAAAAGAAGAUUGAGGAUGCUUAUAAAGCCCUGAUUAAACAAUUAGAAGGAUGUAGGGUUUUGGCAUUUGAACCUGUUUUUGGAAAUUUAAGAUGGGACAAUAUGAUUGAAGAGGCAUGGGAAAUAAUUUCUCUGCUUAAGCAACUCUGGCCAGAAGGAUCUGACAUUCGGCGUGUUCUUUGUGUUACUUCAUGCUCCUUGACUUUGAGAAUGUACCAUGACUUUUUAGAAAACAGAAAGAAGACCACCUCUGGUCAGGAAACUAACAUCCAACAGGUGAAAGGGGAUUGCUUAAGCUUGCAAUGGGUGGAAGAUCUGUGUAAAUUGCAUUGUCUCAGUGUGGCUUUUAUACUCCAUUUACCUCUUUCUCAAAGAGCUUGUACCAGAUUCAUCACUUCCGAUUGGAUUGAGGACAUUCAGACUUUCUUAAAAAUGAGAAAGUGGUGUGAAUAUUUCAUCCUAAAUAAUACAAACAUUUUUGAAUUUUGGAAUCUGAAUUUAAUUCACCUUUGUGACUUAAGUGAUGAGCUUUUGUUGAAGAAUAUUGCUUUUUACUAUGAAAAUGAAAACGUUCAAGGCCUACAUUUGAAUUUGGGAAAUACCAUUAUGAAAGAUUAUGAAUAUCUCUGGAAUGCUGUAUCAGAGUUGGUCGGAAAGUUUGAUGUUGGAAAGCCACUUCCUCUGAGAACAACACAACUUAAUUUUCUUAAAAAGGAUCCAGUACCAAUCAAAGAUACCUCCAAGGAAAAGAUGCCCAAUUUGGGUUUUAUUCCAAUGUCAUCUGAGAUGGUUGAUAAAUUUGUUGGAGACAUUUUGAAAGAUUUGCCUUUUCUAAAGAGGGAUGAUCCGAUUGUAACUUCACUGGUUAAACAUAAGGCAUUUGAUGAACUUGUACAUUGGCAUUCUCAUAAACCCCUUAGUGAUGAUUAUGAUAGAUCAAAGUGCAAUUUUAAUGAAAACCCUAGAGAUCCUUAUUAUCUUAAAUCUGUGCAAAAGUAUCAAGUUUUUCAGCGAUUUUAUGGAAAGUCAUUAGAAUCAGUUUCUUCCAAACUCAUUGUAACUCAAGAUGUUAAGCCAAAGAAGAAUUUCAGUAAACCCAAGACCAAAAAGGCAAAUGAGACAAAGGCUGAAAUAAUUGCUAGAGAGAAUAAGAAGAGAUUAUUUGCCAAGGAAGAACAAAAAGAAGAGAAUAAGUGGAGUGUUCUAUCACACUCCAUUGAGGAGGAAAUGAAAGAGAAUUUAAACUCUGGAAUACAGAACCUGGAAGAUUUCUUGAAAUCAUGUAAAAGUAACUUGGUGAAGUAUCAAGUUGAAAUGGUAGGGUUAACUGCCUGCUUGAAAGCAUGGAAAGAACAUUGUAGAAGCCAAGGAAAAGGUGAAACCACAAAAGAUAUAAGUAUAGCUGUUCAAAUGAUGAGAAGGAUCCACUCCUUGAUGGAAAAACACUCAGAACUUUUGCAAGAAGCAGAUCGGCAACUUAUAGCCAGAUGCCUUAAGUAUUUAGGAUUUGAUGAGUUGGCAAGUUCUUUAAAUCCAACUGAGGUUGCAGAAGAUGGCAUAAAAGAGAAGAAAAAGAAUAAAUAUUCAAUUGGCAUUGGGCCUGUGCGGUUUCAACUACAAUACAUGGGCCAUUAUUUGCUACGAGAUGAGAGAAAAGAUCCAGAUCCCAGAGUUCAUGAUUUUAUUCCUGACACAUGGCAGAGAGAGCUCCUUGAUGUUGUGGAUAAUAAUGAAUCAGCUGUGAUUGUUGCUCCAACGUCCUCAGGCAAAACCUAUGCUUCCUACUACUGCAUGGAGAAAGUGCUGAAGGAGAGCGAUGAAGGGGUGGUUGUAUAUGUCGCACCAACAAAGGCCCUUGUUAAUCAAGUGGCAGCAACUGUUCAGAAUCGUUACAUCAAAAAUCUGCCAAAUGGGGAAGCUCUAUGUGGUAUUUUUACAAGGGAAUAUCGUCAUGAUGCCCUAAACUGUCAGGUACUUGUUACAGUGCCUGCCUGCCUUGAAAUUCUGCUGUUAGCUCCUCAUCGCCAAAGAUGGGCGAAAAGGAUCAGAUAUGUUAUAUUUGAUGAGGUCCAUUGCCUUGGUGGAGAGAUUGGAGCAGAAGUUUGGGAACAUCUCCUUGUCAUGAUUCGAUGUCCCUUUCUGGCUCUUUCAGCUACAAUAAGCAACCCUGAACAUCUCACUGAGUGGCUACAAGCAAUAAAACGGUACUGGAAACAAGCAGACAACAUAAUAGAAAAGAAUACUGCUUCUGAAAGAAAUGCUGGCUCUCGUGCCAAUUUCCACAAAGACCACUUCCAAAUGAAGCAAUCAUAUAAAGUUAGACUUGUGCUCUACGGAGAGAGAUACAAUGAUUUAGAGAAGCAUAUAUGUUCAAUAAAACAUAAUGACAUUGACUUUGAUCAUUUUCACCCGUGUGCCGCACUAACAACAGAGCAUAUUGAAAGGUAUGGAUUCCCUUCUGAUCUUACCCUUUCGCCCCGAGAAACCAUCCAGCUUUAUGACACCAUGUUUGAAUUCUGGGAAAGUUGGCCCAGGGCCCAGGAAUUGUGUCCAGAGAAUUUCAUUCAUUUUAAGAAUAAAAUAGUCAUUAAGAAGAUGGAUGCUAGGAAAUAUGAAGAGAGCUUAAAGGCAGAAUUAACAAAUUGGAUUAAAAAUGGCAAUGUAGAGGAGGCCAAAUUGGUCCUGAUGAAUCUUAGUCCCAAACUGGUUUCUAGUUCAGAAAACAUGAUACAAAUGUUUCCACUUCUUGUUGAAAAGCUUAGGGAAAUGGAGAAGUUACCAGCACUAAUUUUUUUAUUCAAGUUAGGAGCUGUAGAGCAGUGUGCUAGAAAUGUGAGCACUUUUUUGAAGAAGAAGCAAGAGAGAGAAAGGCCUCCCAAUGCUGAUAAAGAAGCCUAUGACAUGGCUAACAGACUUCGGAAAGUUAAAAAAUCUAUCGAAAAACAAAAGAUAAUAGAUGAAAAAAGCCAGAAGAAGCACAGGAAAAUGGAUAAAAGCCUAAUACAUGAAGCUGAACAUAACAAUCUACUCAAGAUUCUAGAGAAGAACCUAGAAAUUCCUCAGGAGUUCACCUAUGCUGACAGAAAAAAAAUGGACAGCGAGCUUUUGCAGAUGGUGUUUGAUCGAGUAAAAUUCUUAAGAAGAGGUGCAGAACUGAAGGAUUUGGCAGAAAGGGGUAUUGGAUAUCAUCACAGAUGUUUGUAUGCCAAAGAAAAACAGUUAGUUGAAAUUCUUUUUAGGAAAGGUUUUAUUAGGGUGGUGACAGCUACCGGGACACUUGCUUUAGGAAUCAAUAUGCCUUGUAAAUCUGUGGUUUUUGCUCAAAACUCAGUGUAUCUGGAUGCUUUAAAUUACAGACAGAUGUCCGGACGUGCUGGAAGACGAGGUCAAGACCUGCUGGGAGAUGUAUAUUUCUUUGAUAUUCCAUUCCCCAAAAUACAAAAACUCAUAAAAUCCAAUGUUCCUGAGCUGAGAGGACAGUUUCCCUUCAGCAUAACCCUGGUUCUGCAACUCAUGGUCCUGGCUUCGAAGGCAGAUGACCCAGAGGAUGCCCAGGCAAAGGUGCUGUCAGUUCUAAAGCAUUCACUGCUGUCCUUCAAACGGCCCAAAACCAUGGAGAUGUUAAAACUUUACUUCUUAUUUUCCUUGCAGUUCCUGGUGAAAGAGGGCUAUUUAGAUCAAGAAGGUAAUCCGAUGGGUUUUGCUGGACUUGUAUCACAUUUGCAUUAUCACGAGCCUUCUAAUCUUGUUUUUGUCAGUUUUCUUGUAAGUGGCCUUUUCCAUAAUCUCUGUCAGCCAACCCAGAAAGGCUCAAAAUAUUUUUCUCAAGAUGUUAUGGAAAAGCUCGUGUUGGUGUUGGCAAAUCUGUUUGGAAGAAGAUAUAUUCCAGCAAAGUUCCAAGAAAGUAAUGUCAAGUUUUAUCAAUCAAAGGUGUUCCUCGAGGAUCUCCCUGAGGAUUUUAAUGCUGCUUUACAUAAGUAUAACAUGCAAAUUACAAAGGACUUUGCCUCCUUCCUACAAAUUGUUUCCAAAUUGGCUGAUAUGAAACAGGAAUAUCAGCUUCCAUUGUCAAAAAUAAAUUUCACAGGGAAAGAAUGUGAAGACUCCCAACUUGUGUCUCACUUAAUGAGCUGCAAGGAAGGAAGAGUUGCUAUUUCUCCAUUUGUUUGUCUCUCUGGGAACUCUGAUGGUGAUUUGCUUCAACCAGAAACUCCAAGCCAUGUCAUUCUGCGCACAAUUGGUAUCAGUCAUGCUCAGGCUCCUUUGCUUUGGCCACACAAAUUUGAUAGCCAAGGAAGAAGAAUGCCACUUAAUGCUUAUGCACUUGAUUUCUAUAAACAUGGGUCCUUGGUAGGAUUAGUCCAGGACAACAGGAUGAAUGAAGGAGACGCUUAUGAGCUGUUGAAAGAUUUUUCACUCACCCUUCAAUCUAUCAGUGUUUCCUUGCGUCAGCUAUGUGAAGAUGAAGACGACAAUGUGGUCUUAGCAUUUGAACAACUGAGCAAAACCUUUUCUGAAAAAUUUAACAAAGUCUGAAAACAGUCUUUCCAAACCACUUAAAAUCUUUUCAUGGGUAUUUUUCAAAUCAUAUUUUAUAAUUCUCAUGUGUUUUUUUUUUCAGAAAUACAUAUAUGAUGAAGUAGAAAGAGCAAGUACUUUGGAGUCAGAGUUGUAAUCAAACUUGCCGUGUUCUCUUAUGAAUACCACUGAAUGAAUUAUAUUAUAUUUGAGUUUAGGUUUCUUUAUAUACUUGAAUAGUAAUCCUUAUGUAUCAGCUAGUUUCAGACUGAUUGAGGAAAUGCAAGGACUUUGUAAGUGACAAAAAUAAUUUUUACUCUGUGAGACUUAAACAAGUAUUAUAUUCUGAACAUGUUUUUCCUCAAUGUCAUAGUUUGUAAAGUGUCUAUUAAGGGUAAAAUAAAUGAUUACACUAUCCUAAAGUUAAAAUUGACUCUCUCUAAUGGACCUAAAUGUGAUUACAUGACUUAGAUUUAUGGCUAUUAAAAUAGUAUCUUCCAGUAAUCUUAAACUACUAAUUAAAAAUUAUAAAUGUGAACUUGGGUAUAAAUCCUCUGAUGUUUGGAAAUUAAAUGUAGCUGAUCAUUUGUCUUGAUUUUAAUUGUAUAUAAGUGCUUUGAAAACUACAA